UUUUUUUGAAGGCAGAAAAAACACGUAGCCACCCCGGUGCGCGUGUAAACGGAGUGAUAUGGACUUGUAGAUGAAAGCAAAAUGAAUCUUUAAUACAACUAGCGCUGAAGACUGAUCGGCAGUAGACAGUUCAACUUUGGAUGGAGUUUAUUUCUUCAUCCGGCGCAGUCCAAACAGCACGGAGGCACUGAGGGGGAUCGGAAUUUACCGGUGACAAGUCUGGGAGAAAAAAAGGAAAAGAGGAACCGCUCGCUACAUGGAGUUUUAAAGCCUUUUAAUCACAAUAACAGCCAAGAUUUUUGGAGAGUUGAGUCGAUGAGAAGUGCUUCAAAAGAAAGACUGUCGUAACUUUUCUCAUUUUAACUUUGUGGAAACAGCUCCAGCCAUGGCGAAAAAGUAUGAUUUCCUUUUCAAAUUGUUACUCAUCGGGGACAGCGGAGUGGGCAAAACAUGUCUGAUCAUUCGUUUUGCUGAGGACAAUUUCAACUCCACGUACAUUUCCACCAUCGGCAUCGACUUUAAAGUCAAAACCAUUGAAGUGGAUGGGAAGAAAGUGAAACUACAAGUCUGGGACACAGCAGGGCAGGAGAGGUUCAAGACCAUUACGACAGCCUACUACAGAGGAGCCAUGGGCAUCAUCCUGGUCUACGACAUCACAGACGAAAAGUCCUUCGAAAACAUCCAGAACUGGAUGAAGAGCAUCAAAGAAAAUGCAUCAGCUGGAGUCAGUCGAAUGUUACUAGGUAAUAAGUGCGACAUUGAAGCAAAGCGGAAAGUCUCCAGAGAGACGGGAGAAAAGUUGGCAAAAGAUCAUGGGAUCAGGUUCUUUGAGACCAGUGCAAAGUCCAGCAUAAACGUGGAGGAGUCUUUUCUGUCUUUGGCAAGUGACAUACUACAGAAAUCCAGCAAGAAACCAGGCCCCACAGGUCGGGAGGUGAAAAUCACGAGCAGUUCAGAGAAAAAAUCCUCCAAAUGUGUUCUUCUCUAGAUGUGACCGUGGCCAGCACACACAAGAAAGCGCCAUACAAAUUCAAGAGCACGUCAGUAUUACUGGGCGGUGAUACAGUACAGCAGAUUCUCUGUCUCCAUCUGGUGGGUGCACAUAUCAACUACACACAGGUCCUAAAAGUUUUUACACCCAAAUUACUUUUGUACUUCACCAAAAGUGUACUUUACCAGAAGAGUAAUGAGCUGAAAUAUUAUUGAAGUAUUUUUGCCUGUGUUUCCCACUGAACAAAUCCCCCGCCACAUGUCCUUUGUUAGUUUUAUGUCCUAAAAAUGCAGCAAAGUGAGUGCAUUUCACCAAGCAGCUCCCACAAUGUUUAGUAAAGCUGAACAUUUCUAUUUCUGCCUUGUAUUUCCAACCUGAUCGCAAGAGUAAAUGAUGACUUUGUACAUUUCUGCAAACCACAGAUACGUUACAUUUGCACGGUGUUAUGUGGAGUUUAAACCUAACGUUCACCAUGGUGUGGUUAAUGUGUGUUUAGGUUUAGGCCCCAAAAAACAAUUGGUUAUGGUGAGAAAAUAAAUAAAUAACAAUAAUAAUACACUUUAUUUAUAGAGCGCUUACCACAAUGCUCAAAGUCACUUUACAGAGACAAAAACAAAGUUAAAUCCGUUAAACAUAGUGAAUAAAUAAAAACAAGAUGAUGUUUUCGGUGGUUCCAAUGCCACUGACAACGCAUUAGUGUCUUGAGGAAAAAAAGAAAAAAAAAAGUCAGCUUUUUGUAUAAUUAUUCUGGCUGGAAACGCAGUGACGUCAUGAUGAAAGCAACUGCUUUAAUGGCGAUUUCUCCUUCAAAAUAACAGUAGGUUUUGUUGUUUGUUGGUCUCAUACAGUGGUCUGCAGCUUGUCAGGCAUCUUGUCGUGCUAUCCACUAUCCCCUCCACCUACUGAGGACAAAGUCAGCUCAUAUACUGCAUCACUGCGCAAAGGUUAAUAUAUGUAUGACAUAUAAAAAUGUAACGUAUCCAUUGUUUGCAGAAAUGUAAAUUCAGUCCCAGCAUUUCCUCUGGUGACUCGGCUGUGUGUUUCUCUGGUUUAUCACCACAUUAUCAUUCCUACAACAGCACUGCUUCAUGUUAUUAACAAACUUUAGCUGUGUUUUUUUUAAUUGGGUAGCUUUGUAAACAAAUCACAGCUUAAUAGAACCGUUUAAUUCAUUUCUUAUGUGUGAGCGCAUUCAGUAGUGGCUUGUAGGAGGUCAGCAGCAGAGGAAGGCUUUCAUGGAAAGUCUUUUGAUUCACGCACAGUACACAUAGCAGGCUUGUGGUUGGGCGUCUCAUAGACUCUGUUAGAUGGUUUAAAUGCUGAACAGUGUUGGUAAAUUAAUUAAAAAGUCAUAAAACGCCUUUGUUUACAAAUGCACUUUCACUUUGUUAGCUCACUGUUAGAAAUUCAACAAUGACAUCAACAGCACAGCAAGCUAACUUUCCAUUUUUGCCAUAUGAGAGACGGGGGACACAUUUUGUUCCCCAUCCCCACAUAGACUGAAGAUUAAGCUUUAUACAUUAUAUUUCAUUGUGAUCAGGUUGUCUUUAUCAUCUUUAUUAAAUUGAUGAAGUGUUUCAGUAUUUCCACACAUUCAACAGAAUUUACAGCAGCAGAUGCCGUUUAAUAUUAAAGACCCUGAAAAAAAAGGAAUUUUUCGGGUUAUAUAAUAUGAGAAGCUGAAAACGCGCUCAUCCGGUUAAUGAAUUAAACAUGUUGAUGUUUGGAGUUGAAUCGGAGACAAACACUGGCGGUAAACAAGCUUCGUUUGAACAGAUGGAUGAAGAAUGUGGACGAUAGGAACAGAGAUAAGUGCAAUAUGAGAAGAUGAGUGGAGAGAUGAAAGAGUGAUGGAUAAAGCAAGUGAAUGGACAGGAUGUGGGGGGAGCAGCUGCGCUCACAUGUCCCUCAUUUUCAAUUGAUUUAAUGCCUUUUAUCUGAAGUGCCUGGUUAAUCUCUUACUAAACACUACCACACAUUAGCUCCAUCUGACGAGACAGUCUCCCUGUUCGGGUAAUUUCAGAUCAUUCGAAAUGACUCCAAUUACAGGUGCUCAUCUGAUCCGGACAGACAAACUGUAUUUCUUGUAUCUACUUUUUAUGCAUUUUUUUCACAUUCAGUGUCUUUUUAGACCUGCCACAAGAUUUUGUAUGUAGUUUACAGACCUGCCGCUUGCUGAAUAAAAAAGCCAAACAGUAAACAUAAUGGGUGUGUAGUUUGAAAAUGUAUGUUGGCACAAUUACAUAAUCAGAGUACGCUUGUCCUGCUAAAGGGUUUUCUGAGAGGGAGCGUUUUCUUACCUGUUGAGAGGGUCCAAGGACAGAGGGUGGUAUAUGUUGUAAAGCCCCCUGAGGCAUAUUUGGAUUUGUGAUAAAGGGUAAAAUAAAUGUGAUUGAACUGAA